AUGUCGGCCAUAUACAAAGCACUACAGUCGAAACAGCUGAAGGAGUCUCUGGAUAAAUCCAAGCACAUUAACAGGCAAAGACUUUUAGUUAUUUCGUCUCGAGGUAUUACAUAUAGACAUCGUCAUUUGAUACAAGAUUUGUUAAACCUUUUACCUCAUGCCAGAAAAGAACCCAAAUUCGAUACUAAGAAGAAUUUGUACCAGUUAAAUGAAGUUGCAGACUUGUACAAUUGUAAUAACAUAUUCUUUUUUGAAUGUAGAAAGCACCAAGACUUGUAUCUUUGGAUCUCAAAACCGCCAAAUGGACCAACUUUAAAAUUCCAUAUUCAAAAUUUACACACUUUAGAUGAGUUAAACUUUAUUGGUAAUUGUUUGAAAGGUUCAAGGCCAAUAUUGAGUUUUGACAAACUGUUUGAAUCCAAUGACCAUUUUAGAUUAUUAAAGGAGAUGUUUACCCAAACGUUUGGUGUGCCUCCAAAUGCAAGAAAAUCAAAGCCAUUUACAGAUCAUGUAAUGACUUUCUCCAUAGUUGAUGGAAAAAUAUGGAUUAGAAAUUACCAGAUCAGCGAAACAUUAGAAACUAAAGAAGAUGACGACAAUACAAAAGAGGUUGAUACAGACGGGUUGAGUUUGGUGGAAAUUGGACCGCGUUUGGUAUUGACAUUGAUCACAAUCUUGGAGGGUUCAUUUGGAGGUCCCAAGAUAUACGAGAACAAAGAGUAUGUAUCACCCAACUUUGUUAGAGCUCAAGUUAAACAAAAAGCAGCUGAACAAGCCAGAAGUAGAGCCGAUGCUUCUCUAAAGAGGAAAUUAAAAAAGAGAAGUCAGGUAUUGACACAGGACCCUUUGUCAAAUGAUGCAUUAUUCAAAGAGUGA